UUCAUCUCCCUCCCUCCCUCCCUCUGCAUCAUACGAGGCUGCAGAGAUGGAAGAGGCUACGGAGAUCGAGACGACCGCGGACUCCAUCGACGGCCCCCUCAUCUUCCACCUCGUCGCCGACCUCCUCGGCUUCGUCCUCUACAUGCACCAGCAGAUCCCCUCGAUUUUGCAGGACAUGAGCCUCGAAUUCGAUUCGAUGCGUAGCGAAUACGCGGAGAUGGAGGCCGAGCUAGCGCGGAGCGGAAUGAGAGCGUCGUUUAGGAGGAAACAUAGCGGAAGGAUGAGGGAACUCAAGCGGGGAUUUAGGAGCUCGGAGAAGCUGAUGAGCGCCAUCUCGAGUCUCCAGGAUGCCUUGCGGCUCGUGAUUAGCGAAAGCCCCCACGUCCGGGAAAUUCUUCUGAUUCUCGGAGGUAGUCCGUUGAGGCCUCGGUAUGUCUACCGAUUGUGCUUUUCGCAUGGGAAGAUGGUUUCGAGAGACGCGAGUGAUUUCACCAAGAACAGGGCGGCGGAAGUGCUUUCGAGAAAGGCUAUUCGGGCAUUGGUCUCUGGAGGUGCAGGGUCUGGUGGCUACCCAGGUCCAACGAAGUUGUUCCUCUUGGUCAAAGCUCCGACUUCUUUUAAUCAACCUUCGUAUUUUCUUCCAAAACGUGACUUCAGAUACAACAAGAAGAUUGUACCAUUUUGCCUACGAAUUAAGUGCAAAAGCCAACAGCAGGAGAGAACUGAGAUUAAUGAAGAUCCUCAGACAGGCAUGAGUGUUAGCUUGAAGGAUUGCAGGUCCGACGAUUUGAUUUGGUUCCAAUGCCGGCAUGUUAUAAAGGGUCUCGCGUCCACGGUACCAUCGGCAGAAGAAUGAUACAACUUAUAUUGAGAAAUGUUGUCCAUACAUGUCAGUCCUUCUUCAGGGCCUCUUUAGUAUAGGCCUGUUUUACCUUGAUGAUUGUCAUGACCCAUAUCUGGUAUUAAUUACUUCUACACCCAUUUUUGGUGUCUGUGGUAAUCUGGCUUGGCAUGAUAUUGAGCUUCUUCCUCUUUUUUAAUUUAUUGCCUAGUAGAUAGCUUUGUACAAAUCCUCAUCUUCGGUGUUAGUUUCACCCUGAAUUCCAUUUCUUAGCUAUGCAAGUUUGUUCGAUUCUUGA